AUGAGUGGAGUUUCUGUCCAGGGGGAAGAACUUCUGGAGAAAUCUGACUCCAGUGCUGUGCUUACGGAGCACACUGACUCCAGUGCUAUGCUUCUGGAGCACACCUGUUUCAAGUUCGCCUUCACCAAGUAGGAGUGAAUCAUCUAUAGCAGAACAUAGCUCAUCUUCUGUAUUUGGUGUGCGUGAUUCAACUGACUCUGUUGAAGAGAAAACACCAGAGCAACCUGAAACUAGUAAUAGUGAGAUAAUACUACAAGAGGUCAACUCAACUAGACUUGGUACUCUCCGUAAAUGCGAAAGUGAGAACUUUCAACCAUUACUGUCUCUCUGUGAUUGCAACCUGGUGCCCUGCACCAAAGAGGUCUUGUCCCAGAUUGUGACCAUGUAUAGGUCAGAGGUGGCCUUUUCCCAUCCACAAAGUAUUCUACUACUCUAUGGCUGAGAAAACCUCAGAGUACACUGAGGCGGCACCCGAAGGCUCCCAAUCUGGUGUGGAAGUAUCUGAGAAGAAGAUCUGGACAACUGCGAAGACUAUUUACCACAAUGUCAAGACAAAGUUACGAAAUAUUUCACAUGGCAAAAACAAGCCAAGCAACAAAAGCUCAAGCCAAAAAGACCCUCAGCAAUAUUCUGGUUUCAAUUCAGAAAGAGCUGUCAAAAUCUAACCAAACAGUGACUGCAGGAGAACUUUCACAAAUAGAGAAUGUGGUUGGAAUGAUCCUGGACGAUGUUGAGAAGGUAAGCAGUGAAUGUGAUGAGGAACUGGUCUAUCAAGCACCACAGCGGCCUUCUUCCUCGUUGUCAUCCUCAUCUGCCAGAUCACAGAAGUCAGAGUGGGAAUUUGCACUCCCUGGAAUUGCCAUCCCUUCUGAAUUACCAGCGAGUACUACUCAGCCCAUUUUAAGAUGCUCAGUCAUCGACUGAAUCACCUAUAGCAGAACAUAGCUAAUCUUCUGUAUUUGGUGUGCGUGAUUCAACUGACUGUGUAGAACAGAAAACAACAGAGCAACCUCACCAGGGCAACCGCAUAAUUUCUGAGAGCAACUUGACCCCUCUGGUUCUGACAGUGGCGGCUGGAAAGAGUGCAUCUGAUACAAUCCUUACUAAGAUGAAGAGGAAUGACAAGAAGGUGGGGAAACCCACAGCUUACGAGCUGGUUCAGCUGUUUGCAGAGGAGUCUGUGAAGCGUCUCCUGCUUCCUAGCCUUGUGCCCUCUAUAGCUUCAAUGAGUUGGGCUCAAGGAGUCAGUGUGACAUCUAGCGUAUACAAAGAUUUUAUGCUCUUCUUAAUAAUAUAAUAUAAUAAUAUGCCAUUUAGCAGACGUUUUUAUCCAAAGCGACUUACAGUCAUGUGUGCAUACAUUUUUACAUAUGGGUGGUCCUGGGGAUCGAACCCACUACCCUGGCGUCUUCUACAUCAGCAUUUAGUGACACAGUCAGUUGGUUUACCAAAGUAAUGGUAAGCCAGGUCAUGAACUCUGUGGUUUCUGAUGCACAAAGCAGAGAGUCAUCUCCAACCAGAACUGUAACUGAUAUAGGCAGUCUACUGAGUGUUAAGUCCUCCCCUCUGCCAUCUUUUCACGCCAUCAGCAUGGCAACAAGUGAGACCUCCAAUGCUGCACGAGGCUUUGAGGCCAACAUAGAUGCUGAGGAAAGAGAUACCACCAGUUGUUCCGGUGUAGCUCAGAGCAUUGUUUGUGAUCAGAAGUCAACUAGGCCGGAUGUCGUCAAAGAUGUCUUGCUUUCAGCCCCAUCCUCUGAUAACAGGAGGUGAUGAAAAAAUGAAUAAAAUAAAAAAUAUUUUUAAAAAACACUAAUAAAGCAGCACCUCACGGCACAACACCUCUCCCCCAUGUGACCUACUUGUUGUGUGUAUGUACUGACAUGUAUGUGUAACUGAUAGACGCACACACACACACACACACACACACACACACACACAAUGUUUAAUGUAUGUAUUGUAAAGUAUUUGCUUAAGUAUUUUUGUUUUGUGUCGUACCAGUAAAGUACUGUCGCCUUGCCACAUUGGCAGUAAGCACCGGACUUAAAAAAAUUAAAAAUAAGCGUUACUUAGCUACACAAAACAUAAACAAGUCAAAGUACAUUCUUAGAAUACCAAUUGUGUGUGGGGCGGGGUGCGUCAGGAAUGGUAAGGGGGGGGGGGCAGUCACCAGUGCUAAGCUAACGCUUCAUCUCUUCUCCGUGGCUGGGUCUGGCCACAUACUUCAUCCACAUCACCAGAUACGUUUUCUCUUGCCAAACAUCGAGGGAAGUAUCUCCUAGCAUGGCGUAUCCAACCUUGGACAGAGGCAACCUCUAUGUCCCCACAUGCGUCCUCCAUUGCCUGGAGAAGCAGCAUGCGGGCAUAGGGUUGGCAAUCAUACACUUUCCAGCGCCAGGCUGAGAAGAAUUCCUCUAUGGGAUUUAGAAAAGGUGAAUAUGGGGGUAGGUACAAAACUACAAAUUGUGGAUGGGUGGCAAACCAGUUUUGGACCAGAACAGCCCGGUGAAAACUAACAUUGUCCCAUAUAACCACAAAUCUAGCAGGCUCCUGAUCUGGAUCAGGGACAAGCAUUGUGUAAAUUGCAUCCAGAAAAGUGAGGAUAUGGCCGGUGUUGUACGGACCCAGUGUGGCAUUGUGAUGGAGGACCCCGUUUUGAGUGAUGGCAGCACACAUAGUUAUAUUACCCCCACGCUGUCCAGGGACAUUGGUAAUUGCCCUCUGUCCUAUUACAUUUAUUCCGCGGCGCCUGGUUUUGGUGAGGUUGAAGCCAACCUCAUCCACAUAAAUAAAUGUACAUGGGCAUCCAUCUCCAAUACUCUCUGUAACAGACAAAAGGAUAUACAGAUGAGUAAAUAUGGUAUGUCUGAAGUACUGGAAGUAGUGUUGCAUACAUACCUCUACAAAGUCAUGUCGUAGAUUCUUGACUCUGUCAGAGUUUCUCUCAAAUGGCACCUUGUAAAGUUGUUUCAUCGUCACUUGGUGCCAUUGGAGGAUGCGUUGUAUGGUCGACAGGCUUACAGCAUUGAUGUUGUUAAAUAUGGUGUCAUUAUUAAAGAUAUGCUCUCUAUUCUCUCAAAUCCUAAUUGCAUUGUUGGCCAAAACCAUAUUUAUAAUUGCAGUCUCUUGUACAUCUGUAAACAAGCGUCCUAUGAUGCAGUCACACGUAUUUUACAGUACAUUACUGUAAUGCUAUAAUAGUAAUUAGAUAGUUGAAUACCUGUUCUCAAUUCUGAAGGUUCGAAUUAUGGACGCCACUGUAAAUCGACUCAAGUUGGGCUGGACUCUCAGUCCAGCCUCUCUCAUGGUCAAACCGUGGUUGAUCACAUGAUCAACAAGUGUUGCCCUAAUCUCAUCAGAGAUGGCUCUCCUUCCUUCUCUUCUUUGCCCUCGUCCUCUUCUUCCUCUUCCUCUUCCUCUUCCUCUUCCUCUACCUCCUACUCCUCCUCUUCCAACUAUUCGUCUUUGAAUUUGUCCUCGUUGUUGUUCCCUGCCUCUCCCUCCUACUCCUCUUGCUCUCUGUCCAUUGUUGGCAUCCAUUGUUCAAAACAGUCCUAUACUACAGUAAAGCAGUGAUUGGUUAGUGAUCAGUUAAGCAAUUAGUGUUUGAACAUGUGAGGAGAGUGUGUUUGACCUGGUGAAUAAGUGUAGCAUUUUGAUUGGUUGUGUUUGGAAAAGGAAAGCAAGUCACUUCUUGUGUUUUAGGUAGAGAAUUGUGUGUAGUGUUUUGAAAAAAGUGUUUUAUGCAAUUGACAACUGAGUCAAAGGCUGAGAAAUAGCUUAUGGUUUUGGAGAUUUUGUGUGUAGUUUUGCACUUUGAGUGAGAGGUUUCAAAAAUCGUGUGACAUGAAAAGAUUUUGUGUGUAAGCAGUUGGAAAAAACUGUAACAAUUGUGGGUGUGGAAUUGUCAAUGUGAAUGCUACCAUUAUAUUCAUAUUCCAAAUGAAAUAUUGUGCUGGAGUGGUAGAUGUGGUUGUUGUCAUUAUGAGGUUGUUGACUUGUAGUGACAUUCCUCUGAGCCUUCCAUAAAGGGGAACAAGAAGGAUUCCAAGAAGGAUUCCCGCCCCUCUGAAUCAGAACGACAUCUGAUACAGCAGGAACAUUCUUUGCGAUAUUGGUGUACAAAGAAAUGAUAUUGCAAAGGAACCUUAGGCCUACAUUAUAUAUUGAUAGUCAUGUCUUACAGUAUAUAAAAUUAUUUAUAUUUUUCAAACCUCAAGAUGGUGUUUCUCAUCUAUUAAUAAAAGUUAUGUUGAGUUAUAACUGAGAAUAGUAGUUAAAUAUUAGCCUACAUCCAACAUCAUUUCUAAAGUCCAUGGCAACUGUCUCUUUUCUGUAGCAAUUGUAUUUUAUUUGUCACAUGCGCCUGAAUACAACAUGUGUAGUACACCUUACCGUGAAAUGCUUACUUACAAGCCUUUAAUCAACAAUGCAUAGUUUUGAAGGGGGAGAAAGUAAGGAACUUGUCUGUCGGCCUUGCAUUAAAGAACAUAAUUGGUUAAGGAAAACUGUGAUAAAUAAAAAAGUAUAUCAGUUUCACUUAAGGACCAAAGGAUUGACAGCCGUCCCAUAUAGAUUGCAAAAUAGUUGGGAAGAGAUCUUUGACGUACCGAUCCCAUGGCAUAGUGUUUAUGAACUGACACGCAAAACGACACCGGAUUCAAAAAUUAGAAUCUUUCAAUUUAAAUUAUUAUAUAAAAUUCUUGCUACCAAUAGAAUGUUAUUUAUAUGGGGGAUACAAUCUUCCCAGCUCUGCAGAUUUUGCUGUGAAGAGAUAGAAUCAUUCGAUUAUUUGUUUUGGUUCUGUCCAUUUGUAGCUUGUUUUUGGACACAGGUCCAGGAAUGGCUAAAGGAUUGCAAUAUUUACCUGGAACUAACCUUGCAGAUAGCAUUACUGGGUGAUCUGAAAAGUCAUAGUCAAUCAAUCAAUAAUAUAAUAAUACUUUUAGCAAAAAUGUUUAUUUUUAAUUCACAAUCUGUAGAAGCAAUGAGAAUAGAAAGGUUCAGAACUUUUGUAAAACAUCACAGUACGGUCGAAAUAUAUAUGGCAAAUAGAAAUCCUAUAUGGAUGGUGUUAAGAGAUAGAUGGGAGGUAUUGAAUAGAGUUGAAGGAUGGGACUAAUAACAAAUAACAACAAAUAAUAACAAAGAUAGCUAAUAAUGUAAGCAUACUGUGUCCAUAAUAAGUAUAUAGGUUGUAUGUUGGGAGCUUUUGGGAAAGAGCACAGUUAGAAAGAUAUGGCAUUUAGAAGCAAACCGGAUGGACAUCAUGAAAAUGAUCGGAGAGGUUGAGAGUAGAAGAAGUUCAGGCCAAUGCAUAGUUUUUAAAAAGUAAGUAAGAAAAAUUUGCUAAAUAACUAUUGGAAAAAUAGUACAACAGUAAAAUAACAAUAACAAGGCUAUAUACAAAGUGUACCGAUAUCGAGUCAAUGUGCAGGGGUACGGGUUAGUCAAGGUAAUUGAGGUAAUAUGUACAUGUAGGUAGGGGUAAAGUGGCUAUGCAUAGAUAAUAAACAGAGAGUAGCAGCAGCAUACAGUAUGUGAAGAGUGUGAAUGAAUGUAAAUGUAUGUGUGUGUGUGUGUGUGUGUGUGUGUGUGUGUGUGUGUGUGUGUGUGUGUGUGUGUGUGUGUGUGUGUGUGUGUGUGUGUGUGUGUGUGUGUGUGUGGCGUCAAUAUGCAUGUGUGUGUGUGUUUGGUGUGUGUGUCCGUGUGUGUGUGUGUGUGUGUGUGGUUAGAGUCCAGUGAGUAUACGUCGAGCCUGUGCAAGAGUCAGUGCCAAAAAUAAUAAUAAAUAAUAAUAAAAUAAGGGGGGGUCAUUGCAAAUAGUCCGGGUAGCGAUAUGAUUAACUGUUCAGCAGUCUUAUGGCUUGGGGGUAGAAGCUGUUAAGUUGCUUUUUGGUCCCAGACUUGGCGCUGCGGUACUACUUGACAUGCAAUAGCAGAGAGAACAGUCUAUAACUAGGGUGGCUGGAGUCUUUGACCAUUUUUAGGGCAUUCCCCUGACCGCCUGGUAUAGAGGUCCUGGGUGUCAGGAAGCAUGGCCCCAGUGAUGUACUGGGCCAUAUUCACUACCCUCUGUAGUGCCUUGCGGUCGGAAGCCGAGCAGUUGCCAUACUACGUGGUGAUGCAACCAGUCAGAAUGCUCUCGAUGGUGCAGCUGUAGAAUUUUUUGAGGAUCUGUAGACCCUCAAAAAGAUCCCAACAUAGUGACAUAUGCUGCCACGUCUGGACACCCAUAUGAUCUCCCCUCCACCUUUCAACAGGAGAAGCCUCACAAACAUCCGCCAUCUCCAAAGUCCUAUCCAAGUCAUUCAAAGAGCAAGUAACCCAACUAAUGUAUUGGCCAAUUGAUUGAAUAGAAUCCCAUUGAUGGCCUUUCUUUCUUCGUUUUCCUGUUAAGUCGCUGUUCGUUCCCUCGCGGAAAUCGAAUUAG